AUGCCGCUCAAAAGAGAGCUGGCCUCCCUGGAGGAGAUGUUCAGAUCUGUCUCUGGACAACCUGAACCAUCACAGGUGAUCCCUCACCACCUGUUUGACCCAAUGCCUUCUGGAUGCACAGGUGAUCUGUUCUUUGUAACAAAGACUAUUGGUGCUGGAGAAAAUGUGACUCUGACAUGUGCGCGCCCGACAUCUGAUUAUGAUGCUACCUUGUAUUGGAUCAGGAUUGUUUCUGGAAGCUGGCCUGAAUUCCUGGGAGGAACAUUUGCCUUUGAUUAUGUUGGUGUUAACAAGACUCCUCAUAUUACGACAAAACAAGAACCUGGAACAUUUACUCUGGAAAUAACUGAAGUUAAUCAAAGUGAUACUGGUCUUUACUACUGCAUAAAAGUUAAACUGCUUGCUAUGACAUUUUUAAAGGGAACAUUUCUGAGAAUUAAAGGACUAGAACCAACUAUCAAUGAUACCAUUCAAGUGUUUCCUUCUGAUCAUGUACAUCCAGGAAACCCAGUGACUCUGCAGUGUUCAGUUCUCUCUAACUCUGAGAACAAAACAUGUCCUCGAAAUCACAGUGUGUUUUGGUUCAGUGUUAGAUCUGAUAAAUCUCAUCCUAAUGUAAUUUAUACAAAUGAAAACAGCGAUAACUGUGAGAAGAUUCAAGAGGCUUCCUUCACACAGAAAUGUGUCUACAGCUUCUCCAAGAAUGUCAGCUCCUCUGAUGCCGGGUCGUACUACUGUGCUGUGGCCACAUGUGGACAGAUCAUUUUUGGGAAUGGAAUAAGACUGGAUGUUAAAGAACUCACCACAUGGAAUUUGCAGAAGGCCAAUACAGCCGUCUUUCUGUUAUGUGCUGUUUUGGUUACAAGUCUGGUUGUUAUCGCCUACCUCAUUUAUACCAUCAAGAAGAAAAAAUAUGUUGGAACAGUCAGUGGUGAGGAGCAGAGUCAGCAGACAGUUGAAGAUUCAGUGGUUUAUUCAUCAACAACUUUCACCUGGAGAAAAACUGACAAAGUGGAGCAAAGGAGUUCCAGGAAAGCAGAGGAAAAAACAGUCUACACUGAAUUUCUAGACGUAGCCAAGCGGCAGAAGGCUUUCACUUGGGUGGUCUCAGAAUCUUUUCUGGAUAAUGUGAUGAUGGCUUCAUCGGGUGAUGGCCUCCAGCUCGCCUUGGAACGGUUCGCAGCUGAGUGUGAAGGAAUGAGAAUCAGCACCUCAAAAUCUGAGGCCAUGGUCCUCAGCCGGAAAAGGGUGGAGUGCUCAUUCCGGGUUGGGGAUGAGUUCUUGCCCCAAGUGAAUGAGUUUAAGCAUCUUGGGGUCUUGUUCAUGAGUGACGGGAGAAGGGAGUUGGAGAUGGACAGACAGAUUGGUGCUGUGGCUGCCAUCAUGUGGAUACUGUAG